ACAAACCUAAACCAAUCAGAAGAAGUUUGAUCGCGAAGCUUCAUCCUUGCAAGUAACUCGGCAACCGUCUAUAGUACACGCGAGAUCAGCAGUGUGUUUCUUCGAGGCGCGACGCGUGAUAUCAUCGGAGGGCAUAAGCCGAAUCCGAGCGGUGCACAUCACGCGCAGCACGAGUAUUUCGACUGACCGUUGAAGUUCAAUAAAGGGCGUCGUCAAUGAUUCUGGCACCGCUGCUCUUAGCUGUUUUUCUAGGCUACGCGACACGCACGACGUUCGCGUGCGACCAUCAGAAGUUGAAGUCCGUGCACGUGGUCUUCCGGCAUGGCGAGAGCGUACUCGUGAGCCCGGAUUCCUACCCGCACAACCCGGAGGCUCCGCACGAAUUCGAUCCGCGUGCGCAGGCUGAUCUCACAAUGGCUGGCAAAAUGCAAUCUUACAAACUCGGCCAGUAUCUGCACUCGCGUUACAGUGACUUCCUGGGCUGGGAGUAUCGACGCGACGACGUGUAUGCGCGUAGCACGUACACCGAGCGCGCGCGCGCCAGUUUACUCCUCGUGCUGGCUGGCCUUUAUCUACCCGAUGCCAAGCAGAGGUGGCAUCCCACUCUCGACUGGCAGCCUAUAUCCAUCGAGUCUCCGGAGGAUCAAGCCGACGAUCCCCUCUUGUGGCCCAUCGAUUGCGCGACGUAUCUCGAAGAGAGGCAACACGUGGAGACGUCAUCGGAAUUCGUGGCUGCCAUAGCGAGCAUGGUGGAUUUCUUUCUCGCACUGUCGAACCAUACGAAUGUGCGUACCGCGUUGUCCGAUGCAGAGAUCACCGAUUUGUAUCACAAGCUGCGCGUCGGUCUUAUGGCCAAUGACACGGUACCCAAUUGGGACGAUAUCUCGUCUCGGAUUAUCAGAAACGCUGCCGUCCUUCGCUAUCAUACGCAAAAUUACAACGAGCGCCUGAGGCGACUGAACGGAGGUAUGCUUUUGAGAAAAAUCGUCAACGACAUGACAGCUGCGAUAAUGGGCAAGAAGACACCCAAGAUCAAUUUAUACGGGGGACAUGAGUUCAACGUCGUUGCGCUUCUGUGGACCAUGGACACGUGGAAGCCAAUCGUGCCGGCGUACUCGAGCGCAGUGAUUGUCGAGCUUUGGGAGCAUGAUUCCAAGUAUUACGUUCGGGUCUUGUAUCAUGAUGGGUCGACAGGUGAGACCGAUAUCCGCACCAAGGCGCAAUGUAAGACUGAAACAAAGAUGUGUCCUUUCGAAGAGUUCACGAAGACGAAUUUACCAAUAGAUGUCAACGAAUGUUACGCUGACAUCGAUAGUAGGAAACAGUGCUUCCAGAAGGGAUAACACAAACGAACCGCGUUUAUUUAAUAAUAAUUAGCUCGACUACUUUUUUAUCGACGUCCAACAAUUUAUUUUAUUUUAAUCUACGGUUCAGUGCAGUGCAAUUGUACAAAGUAAUGUUUUAGAGUGCCGUGCACUUGAUUUGUUGUCGUCAAUGUUAAUACAAUUGCUACUUCAAACUUGUCGUUUAGUUUUAUCAUUGUCACUGUGUCGAUUGAUUUUUCUAUUAAACUGUAUUUCUUUUAAUAUUGUGCGGAAUGUCAAAUCCAUAUGUCUCUUUAUAAUUAAUUCAAUGUUUGUACGAAUAAUAAAAUUGAAUUUGAAUCGAAUAAAA